GACACACACAUCGCAUCAUGCGUCUUACCGCGCGACAUAUGGUUCGGGUUCGAGGGUGACGACUGAGGAAUAAGAUUCUGCUAAGGAGAUGAAGAGGCAGCCCGCUGGUCUUCCUCAGCACAAUGAUGGAUGGAGAGAGAGCAGAGCUGGGGUGUGAACUGCACCUACAUGAAGGCCUGAUACACAGGGCGAGAAGCAGGUAAAUGGAGGAGGCGGGCCGCAGCCGCUCCCCCUCGCGGCGGACCAGCCGCGUGGAGCAGGUGGUCGGGCGAUGGCUGAGGCGCUCCCGGGACCUGGGGAGCCGCUCCCACUCGCUCAGCAGAGACAGGGUGUCGGUGGACGGGAAGAGCGGGGAGCAGGCGGGCGACCAGAGGAGCUACUCCUUCCGCUUCACGGUUCAGAUCCAGAGGAGCUCGGAGCUCAACUCGCACGGUCUGAGCCUGACCUCCCAGACGCCCAUCCUGGUGCAGGAGGUCGCAGCAGGAGGCCCUGCCGAUGGUCGUCUGGUUCCUGGCGACCAGCUGGUGAAGAUCAAUAAUGUGGCCGCGGAGGACCUGACUCCAGAGCAGGCUGCUGAGAUAAUCAGGGAGUGUCAGGAUAUCGUGACCAUGACAGUUCUCAGGACCAUGGUGGGCCCGAAGUCAUCCUUCAUCACGCCGGAGAAGAGAGCCAAGCUCCGGUCCAAUCCCGUCAAGGUCCACUUCGCUGAGGAGGUAGAAGUCAACGGUAACUCCCAGGGCAACACGCUGCUCUUCCUCCCCAAUGUCCUCAAGGUGUACCUGGAGAACGGGCAGACCAAAGCCUUCAAGUUCGAACCCAACACCACGGUCAAGGACAUCGUGAUGACGCUGAAGGAGAAGCUGUCCCUGUGUCGCAUCGAGCCCUUCUGCCUGGUGCUGGAGCAGCAGCACAGCGUCACCAAGCUGCUGCUGCUGCACGAGGAGGAGAGGAUCCAGCAGGUGGUGCAGAAGAAGGAGUCCCAUGACUACAGGUGUCUGUUCCGUGUCUGCUACAUGCCCAAAGACCCCCGAGACCUGCUGCUUGAGGACCCCACUGCCUUUGAGUACCUCUACUUCCAGGGGGUGAACGACGUGCUCCAGGAGCGCUUUGCGGUGGAGAUGCGCUGCAACACGGCGCUGCGUCUGGCCGCGCUGCACAUCCAGGAGAGGCUGGCCAGCUGCGGCCAGUCCCCCAAGACCACCCUGAAGACCAUCACGAAGACCUGGGGCAUUGAGAACUUUGUGUCGUCCACCCUGCUGAGGAACAUGAGGGAGAAGGACCUGAGGAAGGCGGUCGGCUACCACAUGAAGAAGAGCCAAUCACAGCAGGACCCCAAGCAGAAGGGGCUGUCCUUCAACCAGGCCCGCAUCAACUACCUGGAGGAGCUCAGCGAGCUCAAGAGCUUCAUGGGGAAGUCCUUCAGCGCCACCAUGUUGCUGCAGGACCGGGAGUCCACGGUGAGCCUGCUGGUGGGGGCGCGCUACGGGGUGAGCCAGGUGGUGAACCAUAAGCUCAGCAUCAUGACCACGCUCACCGAGUUCAGCAGCAUUAGCCGCAUCGAGCUGCUGCCAGAGUCCGAGCGCAUCAGCCUGGUCAAGAUCUACCUGCAGGACAUCAAGCCCAUCACGCUGUUACUGGAGUCCGUGGCAGCCAAGGACAUGUCCUGCCUCAUCGCCGGCUACUGCAAGGUGUUCGCCAACCCCGACAUCCAAGUCUUCCCCUGGCCGGAGAAACCCAAGAAGCACCGGGUGUCAGCGGAGGAAGGCUACGUGUCCCGGCGAGCGAGCGACUCGGACUCCUCCUCGGACAUGGACGACGACCCCUUGAUCAACCUGGUCUCCCACGACAACAAGCCCCGCCCCCGCAUCCGGUCCUCCUCGGACCCCGAGCGGCCCAAGAGGAAGGAGCGGGAGCGGCCGCGGCCCCCGGGGGCCAAGGCCAAGGCGGAGAAACCCUGGAGGAGCCGGAGGGAGAAACAGGACGCCGACACCGAGAAGCUCCGGUCAUGUGACCCCACGUCAUGUGACCUCCGGGCGGAGAACCAGGAAGUGGAGGAGGAGCCGACGGCCGACGACGGGGAGACGAAGGGGGCGGGGACGGAGGCGGGGCUAGUACAGAUCGCGAUAACGAAGGCCGACGCGGAGGAGGGGGGGGACGGGGCGGCGAGGGUCCGGGACCGGGGGCCGGAGCAGGAGGGGAAGGAGGCGGCGGCGGGCGGGGACGACUUCUGGGGCGCGGACGAGACCUUCUCGGAGGCGUCCGACUCGUGCCGGACGGACUCCCGCUUCCUCACCAGCCCGUCCAGCGACUCCCUGGACGCGUUGGAGGAGGACGACCUCGUUUCCUGUUCCUCCUCCUCCUUCGUCCGGCCGCCCUCCGGCCUUCUCCACCUCCAGGGCACUGCCUUCUCCCCGCGGCCGUCGCAGAGGCUCCGCCCCUACAAACACACGCUGCCCCACCCCCACCUCCUGGCCCCGCCGCCGGCUCACUCCCACUCCCUCGUCAGCCUCGCCCCCGGCCGAGACGAGGAGACGGCGACGGGCGGGGGCAGGAGGUCCGGCGACGGCGCCGACCCCAACCUCUCCUCGCCCUCCUCCUCCCCGCCCGGCGACGGUUGCCCGGGCGGCACGGAGCCGCAGCCUCUGAUCAUCAUCAACCCCUGUCGCCAGGACAACCUGAUGAGCUUCGCCGAGCUGUCCCGCCACGCCGACGACCUGCCCAGCCCCCCCGAGGCCAGCGAGGAGGACGAGGAGGACGAAGAGGAGGAGCUGGAGCGGCGCCGGAGGAGGUUCCUGGAGCUGAGCGAGCCGCUGAUGCGCGCCUCCGAGGGGGACGGCGCCGUGGGCGUGGCCCCGACCCGGACGCCGUCCCCGGCGCCCGUCUCCACGGCGUCGGGCGUGGACUACGUGUUCAACUUCAACCAGAGCGACGCGCGCUGCUACUACAAGCUGUGCUCCAGCGUGACGCCCGACAGCGCGCUCAGCCCGCCGCGCCCCGGCCCCGGCCCCGGGUCGGACGGGGAGCGGGACGCCAAGAAGGGGGGGAGCGGCGGGGAGGGGGGGCCGGAGGAGGCGGAGCCGGUGCACAUCCUCCAGCCGCCGCCCGGGUUCGGAGACAGCAGCUCGGAGGAGGAGUUCUUCGACGCCUGGGACCGCUUCUCCUCGCCGGAGGAGCCCAGCGCGGGAGGCGUUCCCGGAGUUUUAGCAGAGAUGAAACCAAACUUGGUCCGCACUCUGAGCCUUAGUGACAUCAGAGCGAUAGUAGACGAGAUAGAAGGAGGACAGAGGCGUGCCGGGAUGGGGAUGGUAGCGGAAGACGGAGGUGGAGUAGAAACCUUGGUUCAGUUUAGGAGGCGGUCGCGGAAGCGCAGGUCCUUCAUGGAGACCACCUUCACCUCCAGGGUCACCUUCCCAGAGCCAGACGCAGACUCAAACCCCAACCUUAACUCAAACAGGACUCAAAGAGGCCUCCCGUCACAGGACGGCGACGCUCCACGUCUUAGCGGGGAUCCGGAGGCUCCCGAACAAACCCAGAACAUCUGUCCUACCGUCGCGUCCAUGACCCACGCCGAAGGAGAACCGGCCCUCCUCGAAUCCAAGCCCAUCCCUUCCAAGUCCCGUGCCCGCGGACCCGGCUCCCCCAGGGGCUCCGGUUCUCCGGAUUCGGACAGAGAGCUCCUCACGGCCUCCAGGAGGAAGAAGCAGGAGAUGGAAAUGGAGCCCGACGCCAUGGAGUCGAAAUCAGUGACGGACCUCGUGAAGACGUCUCCUUCCUCCAUCACGGUGGUCCGUUGCCGGGUGGAGCCGGACGGGAAGGAGAGUUUGUCCGAGAUCAUCGAGGAGUCGUGUAAGUGUGAGGAAGUAGGAGACGAGUGGUACGAGAAGGAGUGGGGAAUAGUGAGGGAGUCGGUCAGUGGUGCCGAGACCCUGAAAGAAGAGGACUCGAGUCAAUCAGACAACGUUUUUGCUGAUGAUUUUCUCACGCAGUUGCCACCUCCUCCAAGCUUUGCACAACCCCUUCCACCAAAUUGCUUCACGCCACCACUACCGGUUGUUGAUAAUCCCUCCCAGAAUCCCCAGCUCUCAUCUUCACAACAAGUGGGCUUGAAUGAUACGCAAGUGUACGUUUCAGAAUUACCCAAACUCAAAUUCCUUAACAGAGAACAAUAUGUUAUGGUCAAUACCGUGACUAAAAACGAUGGAACAAGCAGUAUUUUGAACUCUGACACAACUAGCGAUGAUGUCGUUGACGUAGUCGAAUCUGACAACGUGUUUGUUGUUGAGGAUGAGGAGGAUGACGAUGAUAAUGACGAUAGUGAGGAGGAUGAUGUUGAGGAGGAUGACGAUGACAAUAGUGUCCCUUUGUGUGAUACUCGUGAGAAUUCUCGAAACAAUCACAAUGUUGAUCAUGACGCUGCUAUGAAAGCUGCAGUAGCCUCUAGUCUUCCGUCACCAGACUCCCAAACCAAAGGCCACUCCAGUUCAAAGCCUCUCACACCGAUUACCUCCUCUGAAUACGAAAACACGAUCAAUUCUAUCACGGCUAAGCUCGGGGUUGCAACGGCUGCGUUGUCCCCUCUGUUAACCGCUGGUGGAACCAUUCAUCAUGAGACUACAAGAGACAAGGCCUCCGGCUCGAAUCAUGACACAGAUACAGUCAGGAUUGGUUCCACCAUGCCAGACGCAGAGUCUGCCUCCAAGGUUAGCUUAGGUAUGGCCAGUGAAGCUGCGAUUAAGCACAGCUUUGAUGCCCCUUGUGACGGUUUAGCGCAAGCUAACACGACAACAGUCCACCAUCUAUCCAAAGAGCCCCCAUCUCCCACCCAUUUCCUCUUCCAGACGUGCUCUCCCAGUAUCAUGGGCCGCCUGUCCGCCUCCACGCUUAGGGAGAAGAUUCAGAUGCUGCCCCUUUACCUAUCUCGCUCCCAGGAGACCUUACCCCAAACUGGGUCGGACAGUGCAUCCCCAAGCCCCUGUAAGGUGGUCUCUAACAACAGCCAGGACAGGAGCGAGGUCGCCAUACGAAUUACGGAUGUCGAUAACGUCACACAAGCAAUGGACUUUGGGACAUCACCUAGGAGGGGAUCCAUCGAAUCUGACGACUCCGACGUUACCCUGACUGGGUCCGAGGUGGAGACAGAGGUAGACGGGGAGCUAGGAUCUCCCUUGGUUCCUGGGAUGACCUGUCCCACGGCCUCCAACGAGAGGGAAACGGCGGAGAGCGUCGUGGUGUCCGACGCAAACUCUGCCAGCCCUGUUCAAAGCGAGCCUCGAACCACGCGCCACGUGUCAUGUGAGCCUUGCAGCGAUACACCGGGUCCCAUCGUCAAGCCUCCCACCUCCCUGGCCGUUCCCUCUGACACAGAGGCACACACGCCCGGCCCCGUGAAAGAGGCUCCAGAAUCCUCAAUGAAAAGUGCAUCAAACAUUCCAGGUUUCAUAAUGAACAGUCAACAGUCAUCUGCCACACCGCAUCCAAUGGUGGUCACGACCCAGACGCACAACGGGCCCGGCCUCUCUUUCUACAGCCCCACAGAGAAAGUAAGGACCAGUACCGACCGGCCUCUGACGGGCCUCUGCCGCCCUGCAGCAGAGGCAACCGGCGCACCCAAAUCCCAUUCCUCAGGUUGUGCGAUGUUUACUAUGUGUUCCGCCCAAUCCCAGACAAAGGCGUCAGUGUCCGUCCCCGCCAUGAAACCCGAUUACAGCUGCAGCUCAGUGCUCUCCUCGGGCUGCGAGUCGGCCGUGGAGGGGCUGCAGACGCCACUGGAGGCGUGCGGCUGCACAACGGUCUACACCAACUGCUUCAGCAGCGGCGACAACUUCGACGACGAGCUCACCGUCUACGAGUUCUCCUGCCGCUCGCAGGGCAGCAGCAGGGCGGGGUCUACCUCCGAGGUGGGGCUUCCUCUCAUCACCGCCGCCGGGCCCGUCUCCUCUUUUCUAUCCAAGUCCCCUCCGUCCUUCUCGGCGUCGACGCUCUCUCCGUCCUUCCCGCGCUCCUCCAUCGUCUUCUCCUCGGCCACGUCGGAGCUCAGCCCGCUCCUCUCGCCUCUGUCCGACUCCCAGGACAGUGUCUCGUCCCAAUCGCACAAGGAGACCAUCAGCUCCAUCCGUCAGCACUGUUACCCUGCCAACCCCGCGGGCUUCCAGCCGCUACGGAGCGACGUGGACCAGCUCAUCGCCAUCCUUGAAGGCGGUAGCGGUCAGGGCGGUCAAGGCGGUCACGGGGGGCGCCACGCCCGGGAGACCUGCCCGGCGCACUUCACGGAGAACAAGCACGUGCUGCACACGGAGGCGCGCCGACUGAUGGCGGGCUGCCAGAAAGCUGCAGCCCUGGGGCAGAACCCCGAGGAGACACUGGUCGCCCUGGCCGACAGCUUCAGGCACCUGGUGGAGCUGGCGGGCACCUGCCUCUGGUUCUCGGGCUGCGACCGGUGCGACCGGAGGAACGGCGAGGCGGUGGCGGGGCUGGCCGACGUGGCGAGGUCCUUCCGGGACUUCUGUCUGGCGGCGGAACGCGCCUGCAGCAAGAGGAGCUGCCAGGAUCUAAGUGCCAAGCUUCUGGCGAAACAAUGCACGGCACUCACUGCCUCGGUCUUCUGCCUCACCCAGCUGUUCCGCACACUGACGGCGCUUUGAGGUGGCUGG